UUUAGAAUCUGUUGUAUACUCAAUUGAUUUCUGUAUCAAUACAGAUGAAAAAAAUUUAAAUAAUCCUACAUUUAUUUUUCUAUUUGAAUAUACUUUUACAAUUAGUUUCUGGAAAUUUUUACGUCAUGAACAAAUUCCUCGAAUAUAACGAAGUUGCUAAAAUAAUCACCACACGAUCAAGUUUCACCGCGGAGAAUAAGAGCAGCUAUAUCAGGUCAAGCCCUGAAAGUCGCGUUAUUUACUUUCUUAUCAUUUCUCCUGCAUUCACAUUGCAUUGCAAAGAAGGGUCAUUUUAUCCGCGCCGAUGACGACGCAUGACGAUCGGAAAUUGCUGUGCAAGUAACUUACAUGCAAGCCAUGAGAAUCCAUGACAUGUAUUUUUGCUUGAGGAAAUCAAAGUUUAAAUUGGACUGCAAACUUGCGACAAACAGAGCUCAUCGAAUUACGAAGUCUACCGAUCACACGCAUAAAAAGUCCUGAAUGAUCUAAAUGCGGUUUAGUUAGUUGAACAAGAGCUGCGAAUCAAGAUGUUGUGAGGUCGCAAAAAUGCGCUACACUUUGCCGACGCUGAAGAAGACGACGGUGACGAUAUUACUGUGUCUUUGGCUAUGUUCGAAAUGCCGCAUUGCACAGUGCUUCGAUGUGGCCAGGACGCGAUCCAACUACUUCCUCGGAAACGAUUAUCCGGAGGAUCGGAACAGACUUUGGCUGGGACACAUGGCCCGGCGGAGAAUCGUCGCUCAACCCGUCGCCAGAGGUGCCACAUCUUUGGGACUCGAGCCAAAGAGUGAUGAGCUUGAGCUGCCUCGGAGUUAUUACGGGAUGCCUGCCGCACCUUUUGUGCCAGCUUUCGAUCCGAUCAGUGUUUUAGCUUCACUAGCGUUCCUAGCGUUUUUGCUGCAAUCCUUCGCCGCGCUGUUCGAUCGUACUAGAGCUUUUGUACCUACGAUCGUCAGCAGUCGACGAUCCAGCAAGGAUAACGGUGAACAAUUCGAGGAUAUCGAAAAACAAGUUCUGCGUGCUUUGGAAGAAUAUGCUAGUACGAGUAACAAUGUGCUGGGUGAUGAGAAGGAACGAGAAAAAUCAACAACCUUAUAAUCCUUAUGAUACAUAUCUCAAAUUACGUACAUUGAGACUUACACAACCAUUUUUUUAUUUUCUUAUAAAUACUACAUAUAUCUUUAAUAUUAAUUAUAAUCUUAAGUGCUUUCUACAGUUUAUAUGUAAAACUUGUCCAAGUAAAUAUCGUAAAAAUCAAUCAGAUCUAUAUAUAAUAAAAAAUCUCUAUCAUUAAUUCGCCAAUUAUUAACCAUAUUAUUAAUUAGUAUAUUCGUAUCAACAAUAAUUAAGAAAAGACGAAGCAACUCAAAUAAUAACUUAUUGCUAUUCGUUUUAUGAAAUAAUACCUCGUUUGUUUUGUAGUAUUUUUUAAAGUACUUCAGUCGAUUCAGUUGUGUAUUCGAAGUUACAGGUAGAAGCUACAUUAUUUUGACGUCAAUUUCGUAAAAAUUUUCAGUCAUUUUCGGAGAAUGCUAAUUAUAAACUUAGCUAAAUGAAAAUUAUUAAUGUAAAAAAGUGUUUUCGUUAAUAAUCACUAAGAAUAUCGGUAGUAGUAUUUCAUA